AUGGGGAAACUCAGCGAGUUUGUGGCAAGGCACAAUGUUGCCCAUAAACUGUAUAAGCAAUCGCUACUGAACACUGUUUGCGUGGUGGCUGGUAUUUCUAUCUUCUUCUUUGGUUAUGACCAAGGUCUCAUGGGCGGCGUGAACACAACACGAAACUAUGCAGAAUUGAUGGGAUUUGGCCAUUGGGACGAAGAAAAGCAGCUUGUAGUUGUUGAUAAACCUCUUCUACAAGGCGGCAUUGUUGCCGUCUACUAUCUUCCCGGUACACUCGUUGGCUGUCUACUUGGUGGAUGGUGUGGUGAUAAAUAUGGCCGUAUCACAACCAUUGGUAUUGCCUGCCUGUGGUGCGUUUUCGCCGCCGCUUUACAGUCUGCUUCGAUGAAUGCAAACUGGAUGUUUUGUGCUCGUGUACUGAAUGGUAUUGGAACGGGCAUCCUGAACGCCAUCACACCUGUUUGGGCCACAGAGACUGCUGCCCACACAUCUCGCGGCCAGUUUGUUGCAUUCGAAUUCACUCUCAACAUUUUCGGUGUCGUCGUUGCUUACUGGCUCGAAUUCGGCACGUCCAAGUACAAGGACCCCAAUUCGUCAUUCAUCUGGAGAUUCCCCGUAGCUUUCCAGAUUGUCCCACUAAUCCUCCUUUUCUGCAUCAUUUGGUUCAUGCCCGAAUCGCCCCGCUGGCUCGUCAAGAUGGGUCGCGAGGACGAAGCCCGUUUCAUUCUGCAGCGUCUGAGAGGGAGCGAAGGCGAAGAAGGCAAGGCAGCCGAGGCGGAGCUGCAGGAUAUCAUCAACAUCCGUAACCUAGAGGAGGAGACGUCAAACCAGCAAAGUUAUCUGCACAUGCUCUUUGGUAUCGGAUCAGGCAAGUUGCACACGGGCCGUCGUGUACAACUCGUCAUCUGGCUUCAGAUCCUUCAGGAGUGGAUUGGUAUCGCCGGUAUCACAAUCUACGGCCCUCAGAUUUUCACCAUUGCCGGCAUCAACGCCUCGGACCGUCUUUGGGUCAGCGGCAUCAACAACAUCACAUACAUGUUCGCCACCCUGAUCUGCGUCUUCACACUCGACAGAAUUGGUCGUCGAUGGACACUAUACUGGGGUUCUGUCGGCCAAGGUAUAUGCAUGUUUGUCGCCGGAGGACUCGCCCGCGCAACCAUCAACGCCGAUGACAGCAAUCGAGCACAAAUCGGCGGCGCAGCCACAUUCUUCGUGUUCCUCUACACUGCCAUCUUUGGCGCAACAUGGCUCACCGUCCCAUGGCUCUAUCCCGCCGAAAUCUUCCCUCUGCAAGUCCGUGCCAAAGGUAACGCCUGGGGCGUUGUAGGCUGGUCCAUCGGCAACGGCUGGUGUGUGCUUCUCCUGCCCACUAUCUUCGACCGCCUCAACGAAAAGACGCUCUACAUCUUUGGCGGCGUCAACGUCGCGACCAUCUUCAUCGUCUGGGCGCUGUACCCUGAAUCCAACCAGCGCACCCUUGAGGAGAUGGACCUCGUGUUCGCUAGCGACAGCAUCUGGACGUGGGAGGCAGAGAAGAACUUUGCCAGACUCAAGGCUGAGAACCCGCAGCUCGUGCAGGCUGCCAAGGCGGGACACGGGGAGGUCGAUCCUGAGAAAGGCGUUGAUUCCAGAAAGGCUAGCCUUGUGACUGGGCGUAGGGCAAGUCUUGUGCCGAGAGGUGGUGAGAAUGAGAAUGGUGCGUCAAAGGAUUGA